GUGCGUCACAGACGAAGACUUUUGGACAGGCGGUUAAAACAACAACACGGCCGUUAUUACAGUUUUAAAGUGUUCACCGAAACGCCAUGGCGUCAUUGUUUAAGAAGAAGACUGUUGACGAUAUCAUCAAAGAGCAGAGCAAAGAGCUGAGAGGGACCCAGAGACAGAUCACCAGAGAUCGUGCAGCCCUGGAGAAACAGGAGAAGCAAAUGGAAAUGGAAAUUAAGAAGAUGGCCAAGACAGGCAAUAGAGAGGCCUGCAAGAUCCUGGCCAAGCAGCUGGUCCAGCUGCGUAAGCAGAAGAACCGCACCUACGCCGUGAGCUCGAAGGUCACCUCCAUGUCCACGCAGACCAAGGUCAUGAACUCUCAGAUGAAGAUGGCUGGGGCUAUGUCUACCACAGCCAAGACAAUGCAGGCUGUUAAUAAAAAAAUGGAUCCAAAGAAGACUUUGCAGACGAUGCAGGAUUUCCAGAAAGAGAACUUGAAGAUGGGCAUGACGGAAGACAUGAUCAAUGAUACACUAGAUGAAAUCUUUGAGGAAUCAGGCGAUGAAGAAGAAUCUCAGGACAUUGUGAACCAAGUGCUGGACGAGAUUGGCAUUGAAAUCUCCGGAAAGAUGGUGAGAGCCCCCUCAGCCGGAAAGAGCCUCCCCAGCGCGUCCAGGGCUAAGGCAGCUACCAUUUCAGAUGAGGACAUUGAGAGGCAGCUAAAGGCCCUGGGAGUGGACUAAAGCUUCCCCCCAUUCCCCCACUGCACUUGUGCUCUGAGUGCCACCAGACUGCCUUUACUGGCAGGGACACAGGGAUCGCUAAUAACCUAAUAACAUAAAAAUAUGAUUAUGGUGCAGUUUGUAAGACUCCACUUACUUUAAUGAUUUAAAAAGCACAUGGUGGUAAUGGGAUUGAAUGAAGGAAUGUUCCUGAGGUCAAAGAAUGGGACACAAAGAUUUUCCAAAUGCUCAUAAAAUAUUGGACUUCCUUAAUCUGCAUCAGUUUUUAAAAAACAAUUGGCCCUUUACUGCAGUGAAAGACAAGUCACCACUAAAUAUACUGGGAUCUUCUAAUGUAAUGCUUUAAUGUAAUGCUCUGGCUGCAUAACACAACUUUUAAUGUACAACAGACAUUAUGGGUUCUGUGAAUAUAAUACUAAGUUUCUGGUAAAGUGUUAGUAAGUGGCCACUUGCAUUGUUUGCAUGUGUUUCCAUGGGUGAUUGGGCUAUAUUAUACGUUAUUUACUGAAGAAUUUACUAUAUUUCUUUAUGCCUCUGUAAGUUCUUUGUCAUGAUUAUCAGAAGUAACAAUUCUCCUAAAGUCUUGCAUGAAACUCUUGAAUGUCAUUGUGAUGAAAUGGUUUCCCCCUUUACAUUUUGACACACUGACUGUUCAGCAAUUUGACAAAUGUUUGUAAUUAACAGCCCAACUGAAACUAAUUUAGAUAAUGUACAUGAUUGCCAAUGAUGUACAAAGUGGUCCUGUCAGUGGAAUUCACUCUGUAGCUCAACUGAAAGGCAUUUGACAGACGUGUCCUUGCCAGUUAAUUAUGCAGUCGAGCAUUUACUGAAGAACAUCACAUUUCAGGUGUCAUUACCAGAGCCUUAUCUACAUAUGCAAACUAAUAAUGUGAGUCUGUUACUGAGCUGAGAACUGAACCACCAUUUCUUAUUUGGAUGAGUGCUGAAUUUUGAAUCAUGCUGUAUCUAUUAUUGUACUUGAAAUGUAAAGGAUGAAUACACUAACCUCAUUAAGUUCUGGUGUAAUCAGAGAACACUAACCUCAUUAAGUUCUGGUGUAAUCCAGAGCCAGACUGGAAGCAAUAUAUAUAUAUAUAUAUAUAUUAUCCAUGUUUGUUUUUUGACUUUACCAUUGUGAGAUUCUCAGCAUGUUCUAAUUUAAUAUUACUUUUCUCUUAACUUAUGUAUUUAUAUGAAUGUACAGUUUAUGGGUCAGUUUUGUUUUGUAGUGAAUAAAACAUUUUCAUAUCUUG